GGGAGAAAAAUAAUAAGUUUAGGUCUUAGGUGUCGUCGUCGCGGAUGUCAGUUGUAUGUAGGCCUAGUUGAAAAUAAAUAAAUUAAAAAUGUUUUGACGUGAAGUUGAAGGUAGUGAUUGAUAGAUUUUGUAAAAAUUAUUUUUAGUGUUUUAUCGUGAAAGUGUUUGUUGUGAUAUUAAUGUGUUUUGUUCAUUAGUGAAGUGUUCACAUCUGCUGCUCCGUAGUUGGGAGGUGGACUAGCGAAAAGGAGUUACUUUUGGAUAACAGUAUACCUACAUCUCAAGGUGGAUCUUGAGAGAUGUCUCACCACAGUGACGACACGAUGCUCAUCGCAACCAGCGACUCCUUCUGGGAGCCGAACAACUUCAAGCGAACUACCAAACGGAUAGAAGACGGAUAUAAGCUAUGCAACGAUCUCAUGGCUCUGGUACAGGAGCGAGCAGACAUUGAGAAGGCCUACGCGAAGAACCUCAAGGGGUGGGCGAAGAAGUGGAACGAAAUCAUCGAAAAAGGGCCUGAGUAUGGUACGACGGAAGCUGCUUGGAAAGGUGUGUUGGUAGAGGCAGACAGACUAUGUGAACUUCACCUCAAAGUUAAAGACAACUUGGUCAACGACGCGAUACAACAGGUCAAGACCUGGCAGAAAGAUACAUACCACAAGUCAAUGAUACAAAUCAAAGAACGCAAAGAGAUGGAGGAUGCGUUCAAGAAGGCGCAGAAACCGUGGGCGAAGCUGCUACAGAAAGUGAACAAGGCCAAGUCUGACUACCACACGGCCUGUAAACAGGAGAAGUCUGCGUCCAAUCAGGAGCGGAACGCCACAGGAGACAGCUCCUUUUCCAUGGACCAGGUACAGGUGAAGAAGAUGCAAGACAGGGUACAGAAGACCAAAGAGGAGGUACAGAAGUGCAAGGAGAGGUACGAACUGGCUCUGCAGGAACUCAACGGCUACAACCCCAAAUACAUGGAAGAUAUGUCAGUAGUAUUCGACAAGUGCCAGGAAAUGGAGGCUCAGAGGCUUCAUUUCUUCAAGGAAACUCUUUUCUCUAUUCACAAAUGCCUCAAUAUCUCACAGGACCCUGACCUACCUCAGAUUUACGAAGAGUUUUACCACACAGUAAACAAUGCAGACCAUGAAAAAGACUUGAAAUGGUGGUCGAAUAACCACGGAGUAAAUAUGGCAAUGAACUGGCCACAGUUUGAGGACUACACAGAGGAAUUUAGAGAGAUCGCCAAGGGAAAGAGCAAGGAGGCGUUGCCGGCCGGAAGCAUCACACUCAUCAACCAACGGCCUGUCGGCGAGGAUCUGCAUGAGUUCCCCCCAGUUAAUCACAAGUCGUCGACCAAGAAAAUAGCGCCAGUCUCGAGUCAAAUGGCCAAUAACCGUGUCAUCUCUACGGACGCAACAGACUCCAAGAAAACAGAAAAGACUGAGAAUAACGGAACUGCAACCACCAUCACGAACGGUAACGGCACGACGGGCAGCAGAGAAGGGAACCCGUUUGAAGAGGAGGAGUGGGACGAGGAGGGAGGAGACGCGUUGGUAGACAACGGAGAACCUGGCGUCCCAGUCAAGGCGCUGUACGACUAUGAGGGAGCGGAGAGUGAUGAACUGAGCUUUAAACAAGGUGAUGUAUUUGAGAAGCUAGAAGACGAAGAUGAGCAGGGGUGGUGUAAAGGCAGGAAAGACGGCCGCGUCGGUCUCUAUCCGGCCAACUAUGUUGAAGUGGUGUAAUAGACACAUCUCGUAAACUGUUGUUUUGUUUUAAACUUAUCUUCCUCUAUUUAGUAAUAAAUUACUUCUAUUGUAAUGUUUUGCUUUUUUUAAGUGGUUUUAAAACGAUCAUUUCAUUUUUUAAAGUAUUUUCAGUAACUGAUAAAGGUAAAAACACCAAAGACUCGAUUUUAGUAUUUUUUUUUAAAUAAUUGGUCGUGCAAAGUAUUAAUCACUUAACAAAAUUAGUGUUUUAUUGAAUACGCUGUGCUAUUUAUUAUUUAGUCAAGUUUAGUUUGUUGUUUAUUAGGUAGAAGAUAAAAUAUUUAUUUAAUACUUGAGAACAUUCCUUUUUUGAUUAUUUAGUUUUAUUUUUCUUCAUGUACCUAGUACAUCUUUCAAACAUUUUAGGUGUUUUGAUGUUUUUAUUUCUAUCAGUUUGCACACAAUCACGUGUUAUUCAACAUCUAUUAUUUUAAUCUUAAUGAAAAGCAAUUAUUGUUAGUACUUAUGAUUAUUUGUAUAAAAGUAUUGUUUUCGUAGUCGAUUGUACAAUAAGUCGUAUGCGAUGUUUCUUUAAAGUUUUGUUGAUAUUUUGAAAUAUUUAUUGUUACGAGUGGAGUGCUAGCGGUACCGAACUGCUCAACGUCAGGUAUCUGUAAUUAUGUAUGUAUAAAGCAAACCCAUUAUAGAUAGGAUAUAUUAAUAUUGUAGUAAAGUGUAUUUUGUUUAUUUUUAUCUCUGUUAAACCGAGUCCCAGGUUGUGUAUUUAUUUUAAAAAUAUUGUACACAUGUAACAUACUUUUAAAUAAUAAAUUGUUUCUAGCUAUAAAA